UUGAAACUCAAUCAACCAUACAUAAACCUGCCAUGGUGUAAACAGCGUUCGUACGAGGCUGCCAGAAAAACCGCCGUUCUUGCCCGGAAUUCAUGGCCGUGCUGCGGUCUCCACACGCCGGGCUGCCGCCGGGACCGUCCCGGGAGGAGCUCGGGGAGGAACCGAGCCUCGAGGACAUCAUCUUCAGCCUGGGCCUGGAGCUGGGCGGCGCGGCGGUGGAUGGGGAGGGCAGCGGCGGAGACACGUCCUCCACCAACGACUCCUUCCGCCCGCAGAGGCUCGGGAACUCCUUCGGACACGUCUUGUCGCCGCCGUCCGGCUCUCCUGUAGACGCAGACGUCUUCCUUAGCAAGCCACUUCCGUCCCAAGAUGACGUGGAAACGUCUUUAGGUGCUAGAAUCGGCGGAAACAGUGAGGAAGUCACAAGGUGGAAGGGAACACAGCAACAGCAGCAGAGUAGCCUGUCCACCAGUCAUGGCGAGGAGCUAUCUUCACCUUCCAGCCAUCAACCCUCCAGACUUUUGUCAAGAUUUUAUGAUGACCUGAGAAAAAAGAACCCAGAGCUAUUUGAAAGGCACAACAAUAGGUCAUCAUUAGGGGAAAGUCCAGUUUCACCAAGAUCAGAGAUAACAACAUCCCCUAGGUCAGAGUUCACCCUAGGGAAUCAUGGGAGUGAAGACAGUAGAGGGAGGAGAAGAGCGGGGUCGCUCGCUCGUUCCGACAGCGGACACAGCGUCGCGGAGAGCCACUCCAGCCGGGGGAGCGACGAGAGCCACAUGUCACUGAAGGAACGCCUGGAAAAGAACAAGCAGAACAUGCAGGAACUUCUGUCCAGACAACCGUUUCCUCCGAAGAGCCUGUCCAGAAGUCGUGAGAAUAUGACAAUGAACCGAGGGAGGUCUGAAUCCGACCCGUUUUCAGAAAGGAGAGAGGUGAUGACUUCACCCCCAGAAUUCAGAACUUCAGCAAAUUCUAUCAUUCCGAGACAAACUCCAAGUCCGAACCAAAGACUGCCACAAGGUGUGAGGCAGAGUGCAAGCCCGAGUGACUUGCCAGCCCGGGGAUCUCCCUCCCCACACACCCAGGUGCCGGCAGCAGACUUACAGCAGCUGAGACUUGCCAGGACCAGGAGCCCUGACUCCCACCAUGACAGUGCAGUAGACAUGGACUCUGUCUCCCUGCAGUCAGGACAAGGUCCAGCUGAACAGUCGUCCGAGGGACUGUCCAACGGGUCCGAACCCUACAGCUAUCACAGGGGUUAUCACACUGCAGACAGCGAUGCAGACUCCGGUAUCUCCCGUCCACACCGCCCGGCGGUACAGAGGAGUACUGCAGCGUCCUCCCCAGAUGAGUCCGAUCCGUCCACAAGGCACAGAGGCAAUCAUAGGGUUCGAGAGCGUCCCCUCUCAGCCAAUCACAGAGAGGCUCUACGGCUGCUACAACAAGCACGAUCCAAGGCAACACCGCUAAAAGCUGACCACUCCAUCCGUCCUGUUGUAGCCAGGCCCAAAGACAGUCCCCACGGUAUUGAUAAUUACUUACAACAAGGUGCUCGUCCCAAGAACGGGAUUCUACAGAACGGGAACAGCAGCCAUCUGGUCAAGUCUGGUCACGGCAGCGACCGGGAGAACUAUCCACCGGGAAACAACCACUCUCCCACCAGGACUUCCCGUAAGGGCCUGCGGAACGGGGAGACGGCCCGCGUACGCUUCAUGGACGACGUCGGGGUGUGUUCGGACGGAGAUGUUCCUAACGGAGUCGUGGACGGACCUCUUGGUGCCCUGACUAGAGAAGGGGACGCCCGCGUCACAACAGACAGGGAGAACAGGAGGAACAGGAAACGGAACAGUUCUCACCACAGUAACUAUUCGCCGAGCCCGUGGUCGGAACGGAACGGAGCGCUGAUCCACGAGGAGAUCAUACAGACAGACAACUUCAUCCUGCCGGAUACAUACAUCGGCAGCAGCCCGGAAGGUUCCGAACGUCCGGAUACGGCGUCUCCCAGUAAUCACAGUUCUCUGUCUCCGAGGAGUCACAACACGCCAUCCCCAAGGAGUCACAGCCAUCAAAAUGUCCAAGUUCAGGUUCACUCUUCGAGCCAGUCCGACAGCACAGUUUCCAAUGGCAGUCUGUCAUCACAUGGUAGAGCACCGAGACCUUCCUCUAGAACUGACCGCCACAGCCCCUCUGCCAGGCCCAGUCCAGCCAACCAGAGACCAGGCAGUAACGGACAUCUAGAAUCAGACCUACACAGGCAUAGAAAAUCCCCUGAUGUCAGUGGAACUUACAGAAGUUCUUCCGCUUCUCCCUCAAACAUUAGUAUUGAUGAUCCUUAUGAAAGGGUUGACUUUGACAACAGUAGAAGUAGUAGUAGAAACUCAAGACAACCGACAGGACUGCAAAGUUUAAGAGAUGGGAGAGCGCAGGAUGAAAGGUACCUUAGAACAAGCUAUGUUGGCAUCUCACCAGAAUCCUUGAAGACAUCAGAACCUGAGUAUGCCACUGUUGACAAAACAAGGAAACAGAGGAGAGGGAAGGAACGACCUGAGUCAGCAAAGUCAGCAGGGUCAUCGUCCUCAAGUAACCCCUGUGUUGUUGAAGAGGUGGAUGUUGGGAUAGAAUCUAUUGAGAAGCCUAAAGAGAAGAAGAGGGGUUAUACAAGGGAUCUGGCAGGAUUUCCAGAUGAAGACCUGCGCUCUUCCCGAUCCUCAUUGUUUGACCGGAUGCAGUCCUUUGGAAAGGCUUCCAAGAAGAAGUUUCACUCUCUGCGGCGAGCGGUCAGCCUGCAGUCUCUGGACCGUCCAAACCAGCCCGCCGAGCCCGAGGCCAAACUGAAGAAGACGCCAUCCCUCAUGUCGUUGAAGAAGACCCCGUCACUGCGCUCUCUGACCAAUCUGAGCUUCCGGCGGAAGAAAGACAUGGACCGUUCGCGUCAGUACAUGGUGGAGGACGACUUGCACCGCGACACGAAGGCGAAAUCAAGCGACCGGCGGAGACUCCGACCCAGCAGUGCCAAGAGUGACAACGUGUCCUCUGGAAGCAAAGCUCCUAGUCCUCCCAAGAGGCCUAGCAGUGCCAGGGGUGAGCAGGACCUGGACACAAGCUCAGUCUCGUCCCCGGGGCACUUCAGGACGAUUGGUCGGCUGGUGAAGAUGAUGCCUGACAACACGCAGGUCAUUGAACUCAUCAAGCCUCCUCACGGACCGUUUGGAUUCUACAUCGCCCGGGGCAACGAGAAGUACAAUCAUGGCGUUUUUGUCUCGCGCCUGAGUGACGGUUACCCUGACAAGCUGUUUGCUGGUCUGCUGGGACUCGGCGACGAGAUUCUGGAAAUCAACGGGGUGGCGGUGAACACGAUAACCCUGGACGAUGUGUAUGACCUCAUGGCGGAAACGAAAGAAAAACUUGUCUUACGCGUGCUUCCUCUGCUAGCUCGAAACGACUGGUAGCCCUUUCUCAGCAUUAUUCUAUGUUGUAGCCAGAAAUGGCCAGUAAAGAUUUCUCACUAAGAAGAGAUAGAUUAUACAUGUAGCAACCAUUUCUCAAAACAUUUUAUCUAGCAAUAACUGUUUGGUGACAAAUGUUUCUCAGACUAUUCCAAGAGCCAAAAGUGUCUAGCAGCAAAGUUUUCUCAAAUCAUUCCAUAUAAAAGUGUGACUGAGGAAAAAUCCCUUUUGCAUAAUUUUUUACCCGAACUAGGCCGAAGUGACAUUUUUCUAAAAUUGUGGUUCCAACAACCUUAAAACAAGAACUGGUAGCAGAUAUUUCUCAAAUCAUUCCAACUAGCUUCUCAUGAUUUCUAGAUAUUCCAACUAAGCACAAUAUU